GCAGUAGAUCCACGCAGUGGUUAAGAUGUACAAAUUGCUCGGUUUGAUUGCCUUGGUAGCCUUGCCAAUCGCUUGGAUCCAGGCAGACUGUAAUGUAUGCCAGUCAAAUGGAGCCUCCUGCAUCAACCAGACCGCCUACAAUUUGUGCUUCGGCGCCACUCAGCCGAAUACUAACCAGACCUUCGUCUGCACGGAUGGCCUGGUGUGCACGGACCAGCCAGUGAUCUGUUUCCAGAGGAGCGAGAUUCCCGCCAGCUGCGGCGACACGGAUAGCUGUGGCCAGUGUGCUCCCAACUACACAUUCGCCUGCACCUCGCGCUCCACAUUUGCCUUCUGCUUUGGCGCCAUAACGCCCACAAAUGUGACGGGCAGCUGCCCGGAUGGUUACUUCUGUGACGCCUCCACCCAGGAGAUCUGCGUCACCAAGGCCACUGAUGACUCCAUCAUCUGCCACUUAAAUUAGCUUCGCUAACUAUUGUGUGUAAAAAGGAUAUAAACAAAUGCUUUUGCCUAAUAAUAUUGCUUUUGUAAUUAAUAAAAAUUAGAUUUGCGUAAAUGGA